AUGUCUCGAAUUUUGUCUACUAGUAGACCUGGUAUACAUCCAACGCAAAGAGCACUGGAAGACUCAAAGCCACUCCGACCCCUGAGCUCGUUAAAUUGGCCAUAUGUCCCAGAACAAUCUGCAUAUCCCGAUCCUCUAAAGCGCGAUGAUCCGAAACCACUACAAUUGCAUCAAUACGAGGCAAUAGCUACUUCGCCUGUGAUUCGUAACAUCCUGGCAAAGAACCCACGCUUGAUCACGCUUCUCACAUCUCUGGACAGCCUCCAAGGUGCUGGAAGGGAAGAUGCACUGCAAGGAGCACUCGGAGUUCAUAGAUCCCAAACGGGGGCCCACCAACACCAAAAGGCGGCGGAAUCAGAUGAGGAUGUGCUUGCUCUAAGAACAUUGACCGAGGCCAUUGAAGCAGCAGUGAGAGGGGAAAAAGAAGGAACUUUGGACCUUGAUUGGGGAGAAUAG